AUGAAAAGCGCAGCAGCAGCCUCCAGCGACGCCCCGCGGGGCCCCGCGGCGGCUCUCGCGCCAGUCAGCAGCACUUCUGCAAAAGUUGAAUCCGCCAGGAAAGCUGACGGCCCGAAGCCCCCAGCAGCAGAAGAAGCCGAGGAAGCAGCAGCAGACGAUAAGGGAGAAGCAGCAAAUCAAAAAGAAGCAGCAGUUCCCGCGUCUGUACAGUCCGCAAAAGAAACCCAAAAAAUUGAUGGCAAGGCGGCAAGCAAGCCACCAGCUGCGGCCCCAGAUAAGGCAGCAGCAAGAUGGUUAGCAGCAUCAGGAGCAGCGGCUCGUGAUGCAGCAGCAAAACCAGCAACUGAAGCAGCAACUGCAGCAGCAGCAGCUGCAGCAGCUGCAGCAGCAACCAAAGUUGCAGCAGCAGAAGCACUUGAGGCAAUCGCCGCAUCGGAGGCGGUGUCUGAAGGAGCAGCAGAAGCGCGUGUAGCAGAAGAGGAGGAAGCGGCCACGAAAGCUGCAGCAGCAGCAGCAGCAGCACUGGCAGCAGCAGCAGCAGCAGCAGAAGUAGCAGAAGCAGCAGCAACAGCUGCAGCAGCAGAUGACGAACUAGCCCGCGCAUCAGGAGACGAGGGCGCGGCCAAAGCAGCAGCAGAGACAGCAGCAGAAGCCGCAGGCGAGAAGGACUCGGACGCCUCAACAGCAGCAGCCACCACAGCAGCAGCAGCAGCAGCAGCAGCAGAGCCGCAGCACACUCGCCGCAGGCGGAAGCAGCGAGCUGCUGCUCUCCCGCGCCGCUCGCUGCCCGCCAGAGACAGCCGCGUUGCUGCUGCGCUGCAGAAUCAAUUUGUGGCGGAGUGCGAGCGCCACGGCUGGCGCAGCAGCUGCAGCAGCAGCAGCAGCAGCCAGUCGUCUGCGGAGAGCAGGGCCGGCAGGAGACGGCCCGGGAGGCAGACGGGAGCUGCUGCUGCUGCUGCUGCUGAAGCAACGAAAGGAAGCAGAUUGGGUUUGCAGAAAGGGCGGAGGCGUGGGACUGCAGCAGCAGCAGCAGCAGCAGCAGCACCUGCUGCUGCUGGUGCUGCUCAAGGAGCUGGCCGGCGGCGGCGGCGGCGCAUGCAGUCCGAGGGGAGCAGCUCGAAAGCAGCAGCAGAAUCAAGAGCAGCAAGCUUAGCAGCAGCAGCAGCAGCAGCAGCAGCAAGGGACCCCCCGCCUACGGACUGCGGGCGGCCCCGCCGGCACGCAGCAGCAGCAGCAGCAGCAGCAAUUCUUGCUGCUGCUGCGCCUCCGUCGGAAGGUUACCUGGUCUUUGACAUUCCGCGGAAAGCUGCAGCUAAAAGCGCCGCCAAAGCAACCAAAAGAGCAGCAGCAGCAACAGCAGCAGCAGCAGCAGCAGCAAGCGACGUGAGCAGCAGAAAAGAGCCUGGCAGCAGCGAGCGCGCUUUGGCUGACAGCCGCCGCCUCAAGAAGGCCAAAAGAGAAGCUGAAGACAACACUUUAAACAGCAGCAGCAGCAGCAGCAGCAGCAGCAGCAGCAACGGCAACGCGGAGCAGGAAGAAGUGCCUUCGACUUGCCCAGACUCCAAAGAGGAUUCCAACGCGACGGAGAACGGGAAAACUGCCAAACCAGCAGCAGCAGCAGCAGCAGCAGCAGCUGCUGCUGCUGCUGCUGCAGCCCCAUCCCCAGCAGCAGCAGCAGACUGCGAAGGCGAGCGGGAUGCUGAGGAGCUGCGGGUGGUGGAGGAGGGAAUUUUGGAGGCGGAGAAAAAAGAAAAAAGAAAAAAAGAAAUUCAACUCCAACUCCAGCUCGAAGUCGAGUCUCUCAAUUAA